AUGAACGAUCUUUCUGAUGUCUUUCAACAUUCAAGCUAUUUGUGUUUUGCCGAUGAUGUAAAAAUUUAUUCUAACAUUCGUACAAUUCACGACAGUCAUAAUCUCCAAGCAGACUUGUGCAGAUUUUAUAAUUGGUGUGUUGUUAAUGGUUUAUGCUUGAAUGUGUCUAAAUGUGCUCAGAUCACUUUUUGUCGUAAGCGUUCAUAUGAACUAUAUGCAUAUAAUAUAAAUAGUAUUAAUCUCAUAAAUGUUCCUCAUAUUAAAGACUUAGGUGUAAUUCUUUCUUCGAAUUUAUCUUUUACUGAACACAUUUCAUUUAUUUAUAAUAAAGCACUACGGAUGUUGGGCUUUCUUAAGCGAAAUUGCUGGGAGUUUUCUAAUCCUAUUUGUUUAAAAGUUUUAUAUUGUUCUUUAGUGCGUUCUAUAGUCGAAUAUGGGUCAAUUAUUUGGUCACCAUAUCAAGCUAAUCUUACUAAUAAACUGGAAAAAUUGCUAAAACGUUUUCUACGUAUGUUAGUAGUAAAAGUAGGAAAAUACGAUAUUAAUGAAGUUGAUUUAAAUGUAGUAGCUUCAAAUAUAACCAGUCUGAGUAUGAGGCGGAAAAUGUUUGACGUUAGUUGA